CUCUCGGAUUAGGCAACGCAGGAGUAUCUUUGAAUGAAUCCGCAAAGCGUUUCGUAGCCUUUUGUCAUUCGUGAUCUGGAGUGUUUGGGAUUUACACACAUAUUGAGUUUUCUGGAGGGCAUAGAUCGCUGUGGUAUCGAAUUAACGUCAUGGCACCAACGGCGGUAACACCUAGUAAUUUCGAAUAUGAUCUGGUGGUCAUCGGAGGCGGAUCAGGUGGCUUAGCAUGUGCGAAGGAAGCUGUCCAGUAUGGAACAAAAGUGGCUGUUUUGGACUACGUCACACCAUCUCCCAGAGGAUCAAAGUGGGGUCUCGGAGGGACCUGUGUAAAUGUUGGAUGUAUACCAAAGAAAUUGAUGCAUCAAGCGGCCUUACUUGGUGAAGCAGUACAUGAUGCUAAGUUUUAUGGAUGGGAAGUUCCUGAAUUAAAAGAUGUAAAACAUAACUGGGAAGUUCUUAGAAAUGCUGUUCAAGACCACAUAAAAUCAGUCAACUGGGUAACACGAGUGCAGUUGAGAGAAAAGGAGAGAAGAGACUGUUUUGAAGGAUCACGUGAGCGUUGGAAAGAUCCAGACAGAAGAAAAGAUCAUUUAUUGAGGAAAAUUGAUUACAUCAAUGCCCGUGGACACUUCAUUAAUGAACAUGAAAUAAACGCUGUUGAUAAAAAUGGCAAGGAACGCAAGAUAAGUGCAGCAAAAUUUGUGAUAGCAGUGGGAGGACGACCAAGGUAUCCUGACAUUCCAGGUGCCAUGGAAUAUGGCAUUACAAGUGAUGAUAUCUUCAGUCUCCAGAACCCUCCUGGCAAGACGCUGAUUGUUGGUGCUGGCUACAUUGGUCUAGAAUGUGCUGGUUUUCUUAAUGGUUUGGGAUAUGAUGCAACGGUAAUGGUACGUUCUGUAGUGCUCAGAGGCUUUGACCAACAAAUGGCAGGCCUAGUUGCAGAUGAGAUGGCUGAGCGUGGUGUGAAAUUUUUACAUAAGUGUGUACCAUUAUCUGUGGAGAAGCAGGCCGAUAACAGACUUCUGGUGCGUUGGAAAAGUGUUACGGACAGCACAGAAGAUCAGGAUGUGUACGACACAGUGUUGUUUGCAGUGGGUCGUCGUGCUUUAACAACUGAGCUUGCUGUGAGUGCUGCAGGAGUGAAAACCCUUCCAGAAUCUGGCAAGAUUGCUGUCUGUGAUGAGUGUACUAAUGUACCACACAUUUUUGCAGUUGGAGAUGUUCUGCAUGAGAAACCAGAACUCACUCCAGUGGCAAUCCAUGCUGGUAAAUUAUUAGCACAGCGGCUGUUUACUGACAGCACACAUACAAUGGACUAUGAAAAUGUAGCAACAACUGUGUUUACACCCCUUGAGUAUGGGACAGUGGGUCUCAGUGAGGAAAAAGCUUUAGAAAGAUUUGGUGCUGAUAAGAUUGAAGUAUUCCAUGCUUUUUAUAAGCCUACAGAGUUCUUCAUACCACAAAGGAAUCCUGCUCGUUGUUACGUCAAAGUAGUCUCCCUUCGUGAAUCACCACAGAAAGUGUUGGGAAUGCAUUUUGUAGGUCCCCAUGCUGGUGAGGUUAUCCAAGGAUUUGCCUCUGCAGUAAAGUGUGGUCUCACUAUGGAUAAAUUGGUAACCACUGUGGGUAUUCAUCCAACAACUGCAGAAGAGUUUACAAGGCUCUACAUAACAAAACGCUCUGGUCUGGAUCCUACUCCUCAGGCUUGUUGCAGCUAGAGAAGAGGAAAAAAAAAACAGGAUUUGGAGUAUAUACAAUAGGCUGGGUUGCAUUAAAAGUACGCAGUCUGGUAUCCCUUACUUUCAACAUAACAGUAUGGGCCAAGUUACUUCACUAUUCAAAGCAGUUAAACUGCUGUUCUACAGUUUGAUUGGAACGAUUAUUUUUUAAUUAUAAAUAAAAAUUUAUCUGAAUUGUUCUACUGUUCUUGCCAUUUACCUUUGUAUGAAACUUAUUUCAGCAAUUUUUUAUUUUGAGAUACUUUAUAGCUGGCAUAAAAGUUGCCAAAAAGAUUUCAUGGUGCAUGUACUUCAGUUUGAAAGCUGUUGCUAAUUAAUUUUUUCUUGCUUUGUUCGAAUGAGUAUUGGUGGAUCAUGAUGUAAAUACUUGGUGCUCAAAUUUUAUUACAUAGAUGUGAUCUAGUAUUAAAUAAAAGGAGGCUUAGUUCCUAAUGAGUAUUCCAAUAGUAUUUUGAGUGUUUACACACACACACACACACACACACACACACACACACACACACACACACACACGUUUCAUGAUGUAACUUGGCCAUAAGCACAGAAAUGUCUCAGAUAUGAUGUGGAUCUGUACCAUUAUCAGUAUUUUAAAACGACAAUUUAUAUUUGAAUCCCUUGCUUCAAAUCAUCAGAUUGAGUUUCAUAAAAUACUUUUAUUUUUGUAGACUACUUGUUUAAAUGUUGUAAUUACAGUUGUAAAAUAAAUGUAUCUAAAACCGUU